UCUUUUCCAUCCGAGUAAGAUAAGUGUUUUGGAUAGUCGUUGCCGCUAGUCAUGAUGAUGGAACGUUAAUCUAUAAAAGGAAAUGGAAUGAUACCGUUGUGAUGUCAACUAGGAAUAUGUUUCACCUUCGUUUCCAGUUGUCUUGUUGUUGGCAGCUAGUUUUAAGGAAAUCAUUUUCAUCCCGGAUUCCCACUAAAAAGACAUCCGACGGUACUUUUGUACUUUCUCAGCAAGGGAAAGCAACCAAUCGGGUGUUGGAUGUGCUUCCAUCGGGGUUUGAACAAGCAGAUGUUCGGGAGUUGACUGUUUAUCUUCGAGAUGAGUUGGAUAGAUGGUCCAAUAUGUACGCCAAGCGUAGUAGUGACUAUUUUCCAGGUGCUAUAAUUGGUGGUCCUGGUCAAAUAUUAUCGAUGGGCGUUCCUGGUGUCAAACAAGCAGUUCCUAGAGGGUAUUUUGGUUCAUUGUAUGUUCAAGUUCCGUCCAAGACAAUUAUGGAGGACUAUCACGCAGGCAAGUUUAUGGCUGCAAGAAGAGGCCGUUGUUUAAGUGGCAGUGUUUACGAUUUGAGAAUAAUGACCAAAGAUGGUUCACGGGAGUGGAAACAACGUGCAGUUGCUCGACAUUUUGAUCUGCACCAUAUUCAGUUGAGACCGGAUUCUAUUUUGUUUGUUCGAUGUAUUCCCAAUCAUUUAUACAAAAUGCGACUGCCUGUUGUGUUGUUAAAUGACGACAAAUGUGAAGGCUUAAGAAACGGUCAUUUGAUUCGUUAUCAUCGAGCAGUCGAUGUGAUUGCUGAAAAUAUCGAAUGUCCACCAGCUGCGGUUUUCGCCGAUUUAGGAGGAAAAGUAGCCGAUUCGAAAAUAUUUGUACGCGACCUUCUUGUCCCACCUGGUGUACAAAUUUGUGAAUGGCAAGAUAAGGAAAUGUUCUUCGUGAAACCUGAAAGAGAAGACAAGGAAGCUAUGGAUGAAGCUUCGUAGAAAAGGAUUCCAUAUAUAUAUGUCCCUAUUAUAUCUUCGAAUACA